AUGAUGUUAAUGGGGUACUUUUCAACUGAUUCACAUGAGACAUUUUUACUGGAAUCAUUUUUGGGCAGUAUCACAUUAAAUAAAUCUUUAGACUAUGAGACCCAGUCUUUCUAUCACUACAAUGUGUCAGUGAAGUGUGACCCAGGAUCUACUGAUUUUUUCAUCACAGUCAUUGAUGUCCAGGACACACCACCUGUCUUUGAAAGACUUCCCUACAUCGGCAGAGUAGCUGAAAAUGAAACAGUGGGUUCUCCUAUUCUUCAAAUAACAGCCAGAGAUGGUGACAGGGGAGUCAGCCAACCAAAUAAUAUUGUGUUUUCAUUCACUGAAGGUGACUAUUCUUCCUUUCAAAUUAAUGAAAAUGGAACCAUCAGUGUAGGGAAGAUAUUGGAUGCAGACACAGAUGAUGUUAGAGACAAAGGAGGUCUCUAUGUCUUUACACUCACUGCAACUGAAGUCCCAAGAAGUAAUGUUACAACCAGCCCUAACCCAAACAACCAGAGCAGAACUCAAGUGUCAAUAACAGUGACAGACGUAAAUGACAAUCCACCAAAAUUUACGGCCAACAAUUUUACUGCAACCGUCUUAGAGAACACACCUGCAGGUGUGCCAAUUACAACUACCUCUGUAAUAGAGGCAUUUGACAAAGACCAGGGCAGCAACAGUAAAUUCUGGGUGUAUCUGGAGAAAGAUGGUGUUCCCUACUUUGACUUUGACACACUACCAAGACAACAUUCAGUAAUACAAGGGAGAUCAACAAUAACUAUAAGGGUAGCUAACUCUUCAGUCUUAGACUAUGAAACAACAAAGACCAUCACUUUUAAGAUAAUUGCUCGAGAAAACAACACAGACCCACAAAUAGAAACUUCAUCUGAGACUACAGUAAUACUAGAAAUUGAAGACACUAAUGACAAUGAUCCUUACUUUCCACUCCAGCCAACCAUAUUCAAUGUUUCUGAAGACAUUGCUGUGGGUACUGUCAUCGCAAACAUCACAGCUGAUGAUGUUGAUUCUGGAGACUUUGGCCAGUUCACUUUUAGCCUGGAACAUGAUGGAUAUAAUGGUGAAUUCAAUAUUACAGAGCAGGGUCAAGUUUUUAUAGCAAAACAACUAGACAGAGAACAGCGUUCAUCCUUUUCUCUUGCUGUUGUAGCAACAGAUAAUCCAUCAGCUGCUUUUUAUCAACGGAGGAGGUCAACACUUCGUAUUGAAGUUUUUGUCCUUGAUGUCAAUGAUCAUAAACCUGUCUGGACACAGUUGAUUCCUUAUAUCAGCAUUCUGAAGAGCACCAAGCUAGGGACUAAUAUCACAGAGCUGAGGGCGACUGACUUAGAUGAAGGGUUAAAUGCUGAGAUUGUUUAUUCCAUUUCUCCGGGAACUAAUGGUUCUGAGCUGUUUGAUGUAACCAACAGCAGUGAAGCAGCAGUCAUAUCAGUGAGACAGUCCUUGAUCAGUCAUGUUGGACUGCAUAUUGUGCAGGUGAUGGCUAUGGACAGGGGGACCCCACCACUGAAUGCCACAGUAGACUUAUCCGUAUUUGUGAUUGAUGAGAAUCUUAACAAGCCUGUGUUUGUACAACCAAAUCAGACAGAGGCUGAUGAGGAGGCUGGAGUUUUACCAGAGAUAGAGGUGGAUGAGGAACAGUCUGUUGGAUCUGUCCUGUAUACACUGCUAGCCAAGGACAGUGACACAGGCCAGAAUGGAGUAGUGCUUUAUCGCCUGAAUCCUACAACCUAUAAAGAUAAUGAAUACUUUAAAGUGGCCAUGCUUAACGGGACACUGCAAUCAGCUCGUGAAUUAGACAGAGAAACCAAAGAAGUUUAUGAGAUUCAGGUGAGAGCAGAAGACAAUGGCCAGCCUGUCUCACUAUCAACAGCAAUGACAAUGAGAGUGAGACUGUUGGACAUUAAUGACAAUGAGCCUAGUUAUGUGAAUGUCAAGAUGCCUCAAGUUUUACAUGUGAUAGAAGAAAACAGUCAUGCCUACAUUGGGCAGAUACACCCAGCUUUUGAUGCAGACCUAUACCCUAAUAAUGUAUCAUGUUAUUAUUUAUAUGGUGGUGAUAUAUCUGGUCUUCUUCUUGACAAAUGGAAUGGGAGCUUGUCUUUGACUGAGAAAGUUGACAGAGAAACAACUACUGCAUUAAAUGUAGUUAUCAAAGCGUCAGAAAACUGCAGCAUUAGCAAUAUUUCCAAUGUUGCUGGCAAGAGCACCAAGGAUAAGGCAGAUUCAAGUUCAGUAAAGCCUGCACCAGAUGCCUAUAAUGCUUCUGAUACAUCACUUUUAUGGGUGCAGAUCAUGGUAGAUGACAUUAAUGAUAGUCCACCACAGUUUUUAAUCCGUGACAUGUCAGCAAGCGCUAUUUUUGAUGUUGAUAUAGAGACAGAAAUUAUAUCUCUGGCGGCAAGCAUACAGGACAAGGAUACAGCUGUAAAUAGCAAGAACAUGUUCAGACUACUGUCAUUGACACCUGUGCUAGAACCUGGAGAAAAUAUAGACACAUCCAAACCACCAUUUAUUGUGUCAGAAAAUGGCAGCAUCACUACAAAUAUUCGCUUCCGAUCUGACAUGCUGGGGCACUUCCUUUUGAGAAUUCAAGUGUUUGACACUGAUGGUCUGAACGAUUCAGCAAAUGUCAAAGUAUACAUAAUCUCCAACCUACAGCGUAUAAAAUUAGUAUUUGAAAAGCUUCCCAAUCAGGUAGAGGAAAUGAAGAACUCUUUUAUCAAACAGCUGUCAGAUAUUCUGAACCUUGACUUGAUGAUAGACAAAAUCCAGAGUCAUACAAAUCCGGAUGGAACUCGUGAUCCUUCAAAAACAGAUGCAUACCUCAGUGGCCGAUAUCGUGAUACAGGAAAAGUAGUACCAGCAACUACUUUGUGGCAAAUGCUUGAUUACAGUAUGGCUGCUCGAGCUCUUUUGUAUGAAAAUGGUGUUGUGAAAACAGAGCCUUUGACUCAAGCGAAAGUAGACAACGAGACAGAAGAGCUCAAGAAAAUAUUUGCCAUCCUAAUCUCAGUAAUGGGUGUUGCUGUUAUUGUACUUUUCCUGGUUUUAAUUCAUUUGGUUCGUUUGUAUCGAAGGAGACUGAGAGCUGCAAAUGUUGUUUAUUCAUCAUCAUCUAAUCAAAAGGAGAUCUUGGAACACCCUGGCACAAACAAGUAUUUAGCAGCGCAAAAUCCACUUUUUGGAAAAGAGAUCAAAUCAGCUGUCAUAGAUGAAGAUAAAGCAAGGUAUAUUUGCCACAAUUCUUUGGAUGUCAAUGCAGUGGAUAAAUCACCUCCCAGAACACUACCACUUGACCUAAGUGAAGAACAAGAGAUGGUGCUGCAGAUCACAGAAUCCUAUGAUGAAAACUACAACGAAGGCAUCAGUGAAAGUAACCACCUUGAUCGGGUGCUACAGGCAUACAGCAAUGGGGCAUUUGAUGAUGAUGAUGAUGUAAAUCCUGGAGGCUUUGAUCAGCCUGCUAGAAACUUUAAUUUACAGUCAGCACCAUCAAUUUACAGUGUUGGAUCUUACAUACCAGGCGUGGGCGACCAUGUUCCAGAAGGCGUUACUUAUUUUUCUGAUGAAGUAACAUCCAGAGAUUCAGGUCUGCCUGAAUCAUAUCUAAGGACACAUUUAGAACAUACUGAUAUCUAA